CGCCGUGUUAUGUCAGCAGACUGAGAAAAUGGGGAAUUUCAGGUAACUGUCGUCACUUCUCACAGAACAACUUUAGCCAAGCAUUACAGUGUCGUAGUAGCUACUAGACCAGUUGAGCCAGUGACUCUUAGACAAGGCCUCGAGACAGAGAGAUAUAGAGAGGCCGGAGAGAGAAAAACCAGUGGCAGUAGCUGACUCAGAAAAACAAGAAACCAAGAGAAGCUGCAGGCAAUGGAUGUAAAGAAGUCGUUGAAAACGGUGAGGGGGUUAUUUGCCGGGAUCUACAUCGUGUCUUGGCUGUGCUUUGUCACUGGGUUCAUCAUGUACUACUCCAUUCUGGACCACAUCAGAAGACUGCAGCUGAUGGGAUCGGCAGGGAUGAUGAUCCUCCUGCCAAUGCUCUCAUUCUCAGUCCCUGGUCUCGCCAUUGGCGUCCUCAUUGUCUUCCACAUCAUCUCUCAGAGAAGCAGAUUCAGGAGACAUGUCUACCUAGCUAUAAUAAUGUUCUUCUCUGCCCCGUACCUCGCCGGAGGAGGGGUAACGAUAUUCAUAGCCUCUGCAUUCCUGGGCACCAUCAGGUAUGGCUCCACGGAGGCAAAUGGAGUCCCUGUCCAGUGGGUGUCUCUCAUCGUGUUCUCCUGCUUCAUCUCCAUUGGAGCCUACAUUGUAUCAGUGAUUCUAGCAGUAUUGUCAAACCACAAGAAGAAUCUGUAUGUCAGUAGAGAACUCCUCAGAACCAGUGAAUACCAACCCCUCCCUUAGUAAAACACCUUCCCUCCUCUCUCUCCUCUCUUCUCCCCCCUCUCUCUCUCUCCUUUUUCCUCUCUUAAACAUGUGACUUUUUUGCACUUACUACAACCAAAUGGCAAAGCAUUACUCUAUUAUACAUCUAUUGUCAAUGUAAAUUCACAAAGCAUGUUUUUGCAAUAUAUGGUGAAUGUUUAUUAAAAUCAGCCCUCCCAACAUUUCAAUGUUAUACUAAAUAGUGAGUAUUAUUG